AUGUAUAUGACCUCCUGUUUUUUCUUUCUGUUAAUAGGAUCUGUUUUUACGCUGAAAGUUCAAGUAAAUGACAUCAUCAGUCAUCAGUACCUGCGACAGGCGGUUGUAGAAGUGUUUGUUAACUACACAAAGACAAAUUCUACUCUUACUGGAAACAAUGGAGCAGUAUUAAUAAAAGUUCCCUACAAAUUAGGAUUAAGCUUAACUAUUGUAUCAUACAAGGAUGGCUAUAUGUUAACACCUUUGCCUUGGAAGACUGGGAGAAUGCCAAUAUACUCGUCUGUGACACUUGCAUUAUUCCCACAAAGUCAAGCUAAUAUAUGGCUGUUUGAAGAUACUGUCUUAAUUACUGGAAAACUGUCUGAUGCCAAAUCUCAACCAAGUGUUCAGUUUCCAAAAUUUUUAAUAAAACUCCCAACAAACCACCAUAUAACAAUUUUUACAGCCUAUCUGACAGUGCCAGAGCAAUUUUUCAAAGUGGACAGCUUUCUCUAUACAACAGGAAUUUUUCUAAAUAAAUCAGGUUUCAAAAGUGUGGAAUUAGCUCCUGUUGCUGCAAUAUGCGUAAAUGUUCUUUUGACUGGGAAAGAACUGAAAGUAAAUGGUCCCAUUCAGAUUACACUUCCUCUUCCCACAAGUACUGUAAAAUCGGGAGAUGCUAUACCUGCAUGGACAUUCGAUAUGAAAACUGGUGCUUGGGUAAGCCGUGGGCUAGGAAUGGUAAAGGAGGCAGAUGGUCAAUUAGUAUGGACAUAUACUGCUCAACACUUAGGCUACUGGAUAGCAGCUCCACUGCCUGGAACAAGAGAAUCCAUUAUUAGUGCGGUUUCCAAGGACAUAACAGCCUAUCACACAGUGUUCCUUACGGCCAUACUGGGAGGUACAGUUGUCAUUAUCAUUGGAUUUUUUGCUGUUCUUCUUUGUUACUGCAGGGAUAAAUGUGGUCGGACGCAAAAGAAGGAAAAAAAUACAACUAAGCUGGAGGUCAUAAAAAAAGACCAGACAACAUCAACAACUCACAUAAAUCACAUCAAUGCUGUCAAAGGGUCUUUAAAGUUGGAGGAUAAGUCACAGUUAUAUACACCGAAGAUUUCUUCAUACAGCCCUCAAAGAAGGAUGUCCAUAGACACGGAAGAUGGAAAAUCACGAGACAAUUUUAAAAUCUACGCAGAGGAUGCUUCUGGUCAGUCAAGAAAUUCAGCCCAUUCAUUGGAGCCUAAUGUUGGAGUUAGGCACUUACAGCAGCCAAAGCAUAGUAACAGUACUAUUUCCCAGGCUUCUAGGGACAUUCAAGACCAAAACAGAUACCUUUCACUGAAAGAGGAGAUGUAUGGGCUUUCCCAUAUCCCAGAACAUCUAAUGCAUAUUUACAAUCAACCUAUUGCUAUUCUUCAAACCUCUGACCUUUUCCACUCCCCAGAACAAUUGCAUCCUGCUAAAUCAGCAACUUUGCCAAGAAAAGGGCAGUUAGUGUAUAGUCCCAUGAUGGAACCCAUGAAUCGCGACAGUUACAUGCAAACGUUACCAAAAAUGCCAGUGCACUCUCAUCCACAGCCUUCUGUCUGCAGAGAUGAAAACAGUACGUUAGAUAGUGAAGAGGGCUUACCUUCUCAAACAUCAAACUGGGGCCGGUACACUAAUAGCUUACUGGAAUCUGUCUCUGUUCCUGGGACAUUGAAUGAAGCAGUUGUAAUGACUCCGUUUUCAUCUGAACUUCAAGGUAUUUCAGAACAAACAUUAUUGGAACUCUCUAAAGGAAAACCAUCUCCGCACCCUCGAGCAUGGUUUGUGUCUCUGGAUGGAAAGCCCAUCGCUCAAGUGAGGCAUUCUUUCAUAGAUCUGAAAAAGGGCAGAAAAACAGAGAGUAACGAUACCAGUCUGGACUCUGGUGUGGACAUGAAUGAGCAUCAUCCUAGUAGGAAACUGGAGAGAGAGAAAACUUUCAUAAAAAAUAUGCCGCAUUCUAAGAUCCUUUACUUGGAAGAUCUGGAUCUGAGUAGCAGUGAAAGUGGGACCACUGUUUGCACUCCAGAGGACCAGGCUGUGAGGCACAUUCUGGAUGGAGGGAAUGGGCCAGUCAUAGAACAGCAUGAUGAAGAAGGUCUAAGAAGAAAAACUCCAUCAAGAAGUCAUGAAUCUGGUAUCCCUUCUGCUAAAAAAAGGGAUAGACCGUCUAUCGCAAAAAGAGAUAGCAAAACUAAUAUCUGGAAGAAAAGAGAGGAAAGGCCACUUAUUCCUAUAAAUUAAAACACAGUGUGCUUUGUGUUCUUGCUCUCCCUGCUGGUUGUUGACCUCUUGGCUUCUUCUGUAAUUCUGCAGUGUUGGGUUUACAAGGGAAAUGUUGUUUUCUAGUCUCAAGAAAAGUUACUUUUUUUUUUAAUAUACCAAUUGAUUUCCUAAACUUCAACUGGGCAAUUGAUAUUCAAUGAAUUGAAAACAGGGAAAUGCUACUAUUAAAAUUUUCCAGUUCCUAAUUUUGCUGGCAGUAGAGGGAAGGCCCACAUUUUAAUUAGCCUGUCAUUCUUGGAUGCACCUCUGGGAAUGCAUGGUGAGAAAUGGAGGCACAUGUGUUAAUUUUUUUGUACUUGUUGCUAAUGCGUUGGUAGACUAGUUAAAGCCAUUCCUUGGCCUUGUUCCUAAUCAAUGUGACCAUCUGUACAGUAUUUUAUAUGUGAACUUUUCUAGGGAUCUGUUACUACUUCUUUGUAUAAUGUAAAAUGUUUCAUCAGUUAGACCCAUGACACCAGCAGAUGAGCUCUGUUGGAUUUAUCAGCGGAGCUCUAUAACAUUACUGCCCUCCCUGUGUGUCCAUCCAUGUGCAAAAGGUUGCCAGUCCACAUAGCAGUGGCAGAAGGGGGAAGCGUACAAGCUCUGUGGCCACUGCGGUUCAUGGUCCCCACUGUCUUAGGAUGUUGCCCGUCUGCUUUGUUUUAAUUUGCUUUGUUACAAACUGUAGACAUUGAAGAUUGGCAUCCGCUAUGAAGUGUCCACAUCCAGCAGAAAAGGACUGGUUCCGGCAGCAUUCGAAGCUGCUGCUACUACUGAUCCCAGUGUCUUGUUUUGGCCUCGUUGUCAGUUAAAAUCUUCUCUUCUGCAUGCUGUUGGGCCAGUUGAGCUCAACAACAUAGUCUUGAAUCCCUGCA